AUGGCGUAUUAUAGAGUUGGUUUGCAUGAACUGAGCAAAGUAACGGCACCAUCCAGGGAUUGGAAUUUAGAGGCUUUCAUGGAAGAAUUUCAAAUGCCAAUCACGUCUUUGACUGCUGAAAAAAUUAAAUUUGAGUUGGUAAAUGUUGACUGUACAUUUGCUAAUGCUAUUCGCCGUAUCAUUAACGACGAGGUACCUUCCAUCGCGAUUGAAAGGAUUUAUAUGCGUCAAAACACUUCUGUUAUUCCGGAUGAAAUGCUUGCACAUCGUCUAGGUAUGAUCCCUCUCAACGUUGAUCCAGGCAAGUUGGGAUUUUGCACCUCUGAUUUGCCUGAUACGGAUGAUCUAGUUGGAUUCGAUCCACAAUGUCAUCUUAUUUUCGACAUCAAAAUUGCUAGCCAACCCCCAAAGUCAAAAUCCUCCGGUGAUGACGAAAACUCCCCCAUUCAUGUUUAUAGUUCUUGCCUACAAUGGGUUCCGCUACCCGGUCAGAAAGAUGUUUUUACUGGUCCUAAUAAUCCUGGUGCCGUGUUCGAUACUAUAUUGCUCGCCAAAUUGAACCCUGAAGACGAAAUCAUUGCUCGUUGUGUUGCUGUAAAGGGAGUUGGAAUGGAUCAUGCCAAGUUCAAUCCAUCAUCGGCGGCUUUCUAUAAUUUAUUUCCAUCUAUAACACUAAAGGGAACCAUUUGUGGUCAACUUGCUCUCAAAUUGCAAAAGAGCUUUGCUGCGGGAGUUAUUGAAGUGGAUCCAGUGACACAGACAGCCAGUGUUAGUAAUCCUCGUUUGGAUGAUGGAUCUAGACAGUGCCUCAGAGACCCAGAACUAAAAGAUAUUGUUGAUAUUUCACUUCUUUCCAAUCACUUCCUCUUCACUGUUGAAACGGGUACCCCCGGCGCCCGCUCACCGGAGUCAAUCGUUAUGUCUGCUAUUGAUAUUAUGAUAUCAAAGUGCUCUUACUAUAUUACAAUUGUUGAGCAGCCUGGUUUUGGCUCCACACCAUUAGUGCGUCCAAAUUUCGAUAUUUAUUCUCCUGAUCAGGAUAAGAACAGUUCCAAUUCUACGCUGAAUGGACGACCAGCUGGAAUGUAUGCCAAAUUUAUCUCUAACGAUCUUCUCCGAGCCACUUUCGUUUUCAAGGGAGAAGAUCAUACUCUCGGUGCUACCCUAAGAUACUGUGUUCUUCGCAGUGAGACGGUAAAAUGGUGUGGUUAUCUUCAGCCCCAUCCGCUUGAAAAUGAGAUGCAUUUCCAGCUUCAAAGCAAGAGGGAAAUGGCUGCGACUGUGUUGAGGAAUGGUCUCUACUGCCUUAGAGGUUGCUUUGAGCAUGUCAAACGAAGGUUUAAAUCAUCAUUGAAAAAGGACCAAAAGUAG